AUGCCAUCAUCUGAACACAGAGGCGGAACCAGCCACCACAGCGUGUGGCGAACGUGCGGGCAAGUCUACGGCAAGCUGGCGCUGGACUCCGGCCUCCCGGGUGCAGAAGCCUUCGUUGAGGGUGGAGGCGUGCGCCGCCUGCUCUGGGCCGGUGCACUUCUGACGCUGUUGUACUACAACACCUCCGAGACUCUCGCCAUCCUGAGCGAGUACUUCACGUACAGCGUGGCCGUCGCGUUCGAGUACUACAACACCAACGAGUCCUUCGAGCUACCAGACGUCACCGUGUGCAACGUCAACCCGCUGCGUAGAUCGAAAUUAUGCGCCCUCGACGCCUCGGAGCGGGGGAUGAGCUCCGAGCUAGAAAAACGCAUCUGCGGCAAAGGACAGGAGCUUCAAGAAGCCAAUCCAGACGAUCUAAGACUGCAGCAGCAAAUAUCGGACUGGAUUGCGCACCACAAGGCGAAGAACCGUGAAUGGCUCAGAACCCUCGGUCAUCAGUUUACCGACACAUUCGUCGACUGCACUUACCACGAACAGGGCUGCAGAGACGCCACGCUCUUCCGCAACAUCACCAACGUGCUGUACGGUAACUGCUUCUGCUUCCUCUGUGACCACCACCAACGGGUGGACUACAGCGCCCUGUCGUCACCAUACGACGGUAAUGGCGCGAGGCUGGUGGUGACGCUGAAUCCGCAGCUGAACGAGUACCUGCCCACUUCCUACCAGGCAGUCUUCAUCGCCAUGGUCCACGCACACGGUACCAGGUUCUCGGUGUGCCAAGAUGGCGUCUACCUGUCUCCAGGCUACACUACGUACGUCGGCUUAAAUUUGCUGGCGCAGACGGGGCUGCCGGAGCCGUACGCCAAUCCCUGUCGCUCCACGUGGCCUCCCCGACUGCUGGUUCACAUGGACCGCAUGUACGGUGUCUAUACACGAGAGAGUCUGCUCUACAAGUUCAACAACAUUCGCUUCAACCCACAGACUCUCGAACGUCUCCCGGACGAAGGGGAGAUAGACGAAGACGAGGCCGAGAGGCUGAUGGACGUUGACGACUCUGAUGACCCAAAGCAAUGCGUCAUGGCUAUGGACGCGUCGAGUCAGACGCUUGUGUGCGAUGAAACAUGUAUGGCCGGUCUGCAAUAA